UCAAAGAUUUUUCAAGUAAGAUAAUAAAACCAAAAAUUGAAAUUAACCAGAAACCAUGAUAGCCUUUCGCUUAUUCCUAGCACUAUCACUUCCUUUCUUUCUCUCUUCUUUCGUUUCUAGUUAUUCUUGGAAUGACGUUAAACUUUGGUGUAGCCAAACCCCAAACCCUGAACCAUGUGAGUAUUUCCUGAGCAAUAACCCCACUCACCAAUACAAACCCAUCAAGCAAAAAUCCGAGUUUUUCAAACUUUCAUUGCAACUUGCUCAAGAACGUGCCCUAAAUGGCCAUGCAAACACUCUUUCACUUGGUUCAAAAUGCCGUAACCCACGUGAAACCGCUGCUUGGGCUGAUUGUGUUGAGCUUUAUGAACAAACCAUUCGUAAACUCAACAAAACCCUAGACCCUAGCACCAAGUUCUCCCAAGUUGAUACCCAAACAUGGCUCAGCACAGCUCUCACUAACCUUGAGACAUGCAAAGCCGGGUUCUAUGAGCUUGGUGUUCAAGACUAUGUUCUACCUCUGAUGUCUAACAAUGUUACCAAGUUGUUGAGCAACACCUUGGCACUUAACAAGGUUGAAUAUGAAGAACCAAGUUACAAAGAUGGGUUCCCAACAUGGGUGAAGCCAGGUGAUAGAAAGCUGUUGCAAGCUUCUUCUCCAGCUUCUAAGGCUAAUGUAGUUGUGGCAAAAGAUGGCUCUGGAAAGUACACAACAGUGAGUGAAGCUGUAAAUGCUGCACCCAAGAGUAACAGUGGAAGGUAUGUGAUAUAUGUGAAGGGAGGGAUAUACGAUGAACAAGUUGAGAUCAAAGCAAAUAACAUAAUGUUGGUGGGAGAUGGUAUUGGGAAGACCAUAAUCACAAGUAGCAAAAGCGUUGGAGGGGGCACCACAACCUUCCGUUCAGCCACUGUUGCUGUUGUUGGAGAUGGGUUUAUAACACAAGACAUCACAUUUAGAAACACUGCCGGUGCAACAAACCACCAAGCUGUUGCAUUGCGUUCUGGAUCAGACCUAUCAGUAUUUUACAGAUGCAGCUUUGAAGGUUACCAAGACACACUAUAUGUGUACUCCGAUAGACAAUUCUAUAGAGAGUGUGACAUAUACGGCACAGUUGACUUCAUCUUUGGUAAUGCUGCUGUUGUGUUCCAAAACUGUAACAUUUAUGCAAGAAACCCUCCAAACAAAGUUAACACAAUCACUGCUCAAGGAAGAACCGAUCCAAACCAGAACACUGGCAUUUCCAUUCACAAUUCAAAGGUUACUGCUGCCUCGGACUUGAUGGGGGUUAGGACUUACCUUGGAAGGCCUUGGCAACAGUAUUCAAGAACAGUUUUCAUGAAGACUUAUCUUGAUAGUUUGAUCAAUCCAGAGGGUUGGUUGGAGUGGAGUGGUAACUUUGCAUUAAGUACUUUGUACUAUGGAGAAUACAUGAACACAGGACCAGGUUCCUCAACAGCAAACCGUGUUAAUUGGUUGGGUUAUCAUGUCAUUACAAGUGCUUCCGAAGCCUCAAAAUUCACUGUUGGGAAUUUUAUUGCUGGAAACUCAUGGUUGCCUGCCACCAGUGUGCCUUUCACCUCUGGUCUUUGAAUUUUUUUUUUUGUCAUCUCUUGAUUUGUAAUUUGAUUAAAUAGUUUCAUUUCUUUUAAUUUUGUUUAC